AUGAGCAUCUGUCGUACCUGUCUGCAAAAGGAAGCUGAAGCAUAUUGUUCGUUAUUUAAAACAAUUCACCAUGUUACACUCCAAGAAAUGUACCAUUCGCUGACUGGCUUGAGUGUCUCGCGGGAAGAUGGUUUGCCGGACUAUGUAUGCCAAGAGUGUGCCGAUUUCCUCGUUACCUGUAACAAUUUUCGCAAAAAAUGUAUCAAAUCAGAUGCUCAACUAAGGAACGAUCUUGCCAAGGGUAGCGGCGAAACUGAGCUUGUUCGAGUUGAAGAAUUUGAGUGUCUCGAAGUGGAUUCAAAUGAACCGACACAAAUUAAGAUAUAUUUCGACGAAAGCCAUUACAUCCUUCCGGAUAAAACAGGCGGCCAGGAAGAAAUCGUCCCGAAUGAACAAAAGCUUACCUUUCAUAUAGAAGACGAUAGCAGUGUAAGGACGAACGAUGACGAGUCUGGUUACUCAGUUUACGACGUAACGGAGGAAGAAGAAUUGGUCGAGAUAACACCAGACGCUGAAAGCGAAAAUGGGCAAUCGUAUGAGUUUUUCCUCGAUUCAGAGGAAAUUCUCGAAAAGCCUCAAACGUCGUCUGUAGACGAAACAGAGGAACCAACAUCGACGGAUAAUGCGACGACACCGUCCACUGUACGCUGUUGCGCCUGCCCAGCGUUACAAUUCGAUACGAUCGAAGGUUUAAAGCUACACUCACUCGCUGUGCACGCGAAGAACCGCACCGAAAACAAGUUACGGCUUUACGAGUGCGACAUUUGCUACCGACGCUACACCCAAAAUGAUCAUUUUCUAAAUCACAAAGCAACAAUACAUCUGCCAAAGAAAGUGUACGACUGCAAAUCGUGUGAUGCCAGCUUCAAAAGUCGGACGGCUUUGCACAGCCACAACAAAAGCAAACACGUGUGCGAGAGAACGUACGUUUGUGAGAUUUGCCAGAAAGGAUUCUACACCAGUAAUACGCUGCUGUCCCAUCGGCUAAUACAUGGCGAGAAAAAAUUUCGGUGCGACAAGUGUUCGAAAAUGUUCGCACGCCAUUGGGAUCUGAGAACCCAUCAAAAGUCACAUUCUAACGAACGGCCGCACGGUUGCAGUGUGUGCAAGAUGCGCUUCAAAACGCUUGCCCACCUGCGAGGCCAUCAAGCGGUACACACCGGGGAACGGUCGAUAAAGUGUCGCAUAUGUGGGAAAGGAUUCACCACUUACGGCGAUCGACGAGUGCAUGAGCUAGAGCAUGAAAAUAUUCAUCCGUUUAAGUGCACCUUUUGUGACAAACGGUACGGUCGAAACUAUAAGCUACAGGCGCACAUUAAGAAAAUGCACACUGGCGAGCGACCAUUUGUGUGCUGCGAUUGUUCGCAAAGUUUCAUCCAACGGUGGGAAUUGACGGCUCAUCGGAGGACGGUACAUGGCGAGGGAGAAGGUUUGUCGAUGGACGUGAUAGUAGAGGGAUGA